GCCAAAGCUCCACGACGCGCCUAGAGUACAUGAGAAUAUACGCAAUCUAAGUUUCGCGGAGACACGCCUACUUUACACUACAACAUUGUUUACAACUCCUCAAUACAUAUUCGAUAUCCGUCUCUAUGCAUUGCCUCUAAUAAAUAUUACUCUAUCACUACUCAAAAGGCGGUACAUCGUUCGCCAUGAACGACACGACUCUUCCAAAACUCCCAUCUGCCACGGGACAAGAUGCUCCACCGACAGCAGCAUCUGAGCGCGUUUCGAGCGACAACGAUGUUUUCCCGUUUCUUGUGCAUUCUCAAGAGUCGGUGACAAACGGAGGGCCACCAGAAGUCGAUAAUGGCAGGCUGGCGCGCCAGAAGAGAAGGCGAACAAGCCCAGAAGACCAAGCUACCUUGGAAGCAGAGUACAAGAGGAACCCAAAGCCCGACAAAACAGCGCGUCUGGAAAUCGUGAAGAGUGUCGCCUUAGGCGAGAAAGAAGUACAGAUUUGGUUCCAAAAUAGACGCCAAAACACGAGAAGAAAGUCGCGUCCACUUCUGCCACAUGAGAUUGCUGCAUUUGGACUUGGUGGUAUGGCGGCUCUAUCAUCCGACCCUAUACUCGCCAGCACGUUCGGGAGCAGCUUUAGUAGUAGCCAAGGCUCUGACCAAGUACCAGCCAGCCCCGAGACCGAACAAAGUGCCCUUCCCGUAACGCAUACGAAGGGGCCCGAGCAAGCUUUCCCUGGCACACCGUCCCCAGCAGCUACUUCUGAUAAUAACCUUCACGGCAAAGGUCCCACCAUGGAGGUUUCCCAGCCAACUAUUACUCCUCUUAAGGCGAAUACUAGCUUCCAAUCUUCGGAAUCUUUUGAUAGUUCCUUUUCCGCUUCCCAAGGGCUUCCUCAAUCCGUACCCAGUACCCUCGGAUACCUUUCCAAUCGUUGGAAUGCAGGAAGCUCUUUCGGCACCCCGCCAACCUCGCAAACACCUGCUUUUAUGACACCCCUAAGCUUUGACCCGCAACUCCCAUCAUCAUGCCCAGAGCGGCUAAAUGCUUCAACAAUCUCGACGCCUUCAUCAAAUGUGCGACUCUCCCUUUCUCUAGACGGCAAAGCUGAGCUUGUCUCAACUGAGCUCUCUUCGUCCCCACCGCGUCCUCGGCAGUCGCGCCCAUCUUCCGCCUUGUCUAGCGCUCGUCGUCGUAGUGGCGGCCUCCAACGCAGCCAAAGCGCCGCUCUCCCGUUCCCCUCCAUCUCUCCCCGCGACGCCCCAUCGAUGCCCUUUGUUCCCCGGCUCCCUACUGGUCGCUCCCGCGACGCGCGAACCUGGGAGUUCUGCGCUGACGCCGAAGCACGUGACGAGCUUACCACACAAGCUGAGAAUGAGAGCAGUGGGAGUGCAGUAGCUGCCAUUAGUCUGAUUCGCUCAACUAGUUCUACGGCUCUUAAGUCUAAUGCGAACAAGCGGAAUGCCCCAAGUGGAAAUAGCGAGAAGCAGCGCAAUGGAAGUGGCAAGAAGCCUAUGCUGGUUAAGGCAGCAAGUAGCCUGGCCAUAAUGCAGACUGUAGGGGGUAAACCUCGCAAAAACACCACUAAGCCAAAGGAGAAGGAUGGUGUGGUGCUCGUUCAGAGCCCGGGUGGAGAGAGUGACAAGGAAAAUUGGAUCCCAGGUGAAGGCAACGAGGGCAGCCAGACUAGACGACCCCUGCCAAGCCACCGUCCAAAACUCGGCCGUACAAAGGCACUCGGGAACGCGAAGUCGUUCAUGGGAGGAAACAGCUCAAAUGUGGGCAGAAGCAGGACUAAGACAACGAAGUCCGUGGAAGCUGAGAUCUUUGAAGAUCCAGAGGAUGAGGUUGUUGACGUGGAAGUAGAGAAAUUUAUGAGGGGUGAAGUUAGUCCGAGUAAAAAGGGGGACUUGGAUUGUAUCCAAGGACUCCUCAGUCUGAGCCAGGGGAACUGGAGGUAAAGCACUGGGUGCUAAGUGGUAACGAAGGAUAUGCUAUUGUCUGGGUUCUGUUGAAUGGAGGUUUGAUGUUUGAUUCUUGUCUAUACUGGCGGCGGUGUUCUGGAUAGGAGGUACGGUUAGGUAGCACGUUUUUGGGUUUAAUGGAGUUCGGCUUGUCUUUGUUUAAUAAGAUUCCGCUUGCGAUAUAGUCUGUUAGAUUCCAUGCCUGAAUACAUGGCGGUCAC